AUGAUUAACCAAGUUGGCCAACAAUACCACACUUACGGGAAUCCGCUAAAGGACCUGAUUAAGCGAUCCCACAAACUUAAUAAGUCGAUACUUAGACCAGUUUAUCACUCCAAUGCAAUCAGCAUAGAUAGUCUGGGAAGUGAAGACGGCACCACCGAUUCAUUCGGUUCUUUCUCUCAUGCAAGAAUUGACAGCACUACGUCACAAACACAAGAGGAAAUGUUCAGGUCAACCGUGGAUAUUCGUGGCCCAGAGAUAGAUCCCAAGGUUCUAAUGGACACACUAACGUUCUAUUCUGGCUACAGAGGAUACUGUGUAGCGGGCAUUGCGAGGAGUAGGAAAGCAGUGGGAGGCUACUCUGUCAAGGUCCAGCGCCGUUCGGCCAUCCUCGUUAGUGCCGAUGAGUAUGGAGUGGUUAUCUUGUCGAAUGACGACGGGAGUUUGCAGUACAGGAUAAGUUGGUCCGAGAUGGCUGACAUUGAUCAUGUGCACACAGAUGAAACAUCCACGCCGUUACGCAAGCGGAAGCGCACCAACUAUCUUGCACUACGAUUAAAGGAUGGCUCGGUUAGUAGACAAAUACAUUCCAACAGGUCCAAAAAUUAG